AUGAAAUAGUAAACGCGCGCGCGCACGCACUCUCGGGUACGCGGAAAGGCGCUUUCGGAUCGCAAAUUGUGUGAGGUCGUAGUGCGAUAUCGAAUAAAGAAAAUAGAAACGUUCUUUCGUGAGAUGUCAAGCACCACGCGUCGUUAUGAUGGGUUGAGUGUCAUCCAAAGUAGCGAUAGCAUUUACCAGACUGUCAGAUUAAACGAUAGGAAGACGUGUUUGAGCAUAAGGGGAUAUCUCCUCGCGGUGAGAGGAAGAAAAGAAAAGGCGUACUGUUCUUCUGCACAGAGUGAAAGUAACAAAAUAGAUAUUUUCAUUGGUGAUAAUCAAAACGAAGUAAAAAGGGUCGUUAUUUUGAUACCCAAUUUUUCUUUGAUCGACCAAGAAGUUAAUCGAAAAAAUCGUCGAUCGAUGCUUUAUCGAUCUAAGCAAUGGAGCCCGAGGUACCUUUGAUACAGGGAAUUCUUCUUCUACCGCCGCAAGGAAUGCUAGGACAACUCAAGAAAUCAUGGCACAAAAGAUUUUGUCAGCUCUUCAAGGCAAGUAAUUAUGGAAUUGAACGGUUAGAGAUCUAUGAUAAUCAUGAAGAAGCUAUAUUGCAAUUACAUUCACCUCGGAUUGUUACUCUGGAAGCUUGCGUUAAAAUUGCCCCGAGUAAUCAUUCCCAUGUAUUUACUGUGGUUACGAAAUCAGGCGUACAUUACUUUGGAUGUUGUUCCGUAGCAGAUAUGUAUAGCUGGAUCAGCGCAUUCCAAUUAGUUGCAUUUAAAGAUAAGUUGUCGAAGCAAACAAUAGAAGAGAAUUCAGACUUAUAUUGCACCAGUGGCGAAAGAGUAUUUUCUGUGAAAGUAGUAGAGACAGAUGCAUCUAAACGUUGCGGUUUAGAGACAAGAACUUAUACCUUGGUAGUCGCCGCUGUUGAUAUUAAAUUGAUGGACGGGGAUAUAGUUUUAUUCACAUGGCCUUACAGAUAUAUUAGAAGAUAUGGAUAUAAAGAUGGAAAGUUUACCUUUGAAGCUGGGAGAAAAUGCGAAUCGGGAGAAGGCUCCUUUUGUUUGGAGCAUGGUAGCCAGCAAGAAAUAUUUCGUUGCAUGUAUUUAAAGAUGAAAUCUAUGAAAAAAUUAUUAAACGGAGACAAUAGCCCGAGCAUAGAGUGCAACGACACUCAAUAUCAUGCUGCCUUGUCUAUGGAAGCUGGCUCCAGAUCCCCACUGCCACCUUCUCCUAACAGCUCUGCAAAUUUAAUAGAUAUAGAUUUUGCUGCUAUAACUCCUAAUACGCAGAAACAAUUAAAUUCAUCUUCUGGCUCAGAUUCAACUACCGCUUCAAAACCUUCUCCACCCAUCGUCAGACCAAAGCCUGCUAAACCGCCACGCAAAAAUAUAUUUACUGGUUUAUUAGAUAAAAAAAAUAUCGACUCGGAUAAUAUUGAUUCUCCUAGUUCUAGUGAACAGAAAACUUUCAGUAAUACUAAUUCCCCAGAAUUGUCGCAAAAAAGUGUUAAUAGUUCUAUACUAGAAGAAGAAAAACAUUCCUAUGAUUUAGUAGAAGUUAGAAAUGAUGCUUGGAAGACUCAUGGUACAGACAACGUACAUCACACGGAAAAAUAUAAUCCUUCUUUAAUAAGAAAUAAUACGGAUAAAGAAAAUAAUGAGGAUAGUCAAUAUGAGACAAUGAUGCCCGUUACCACAUCUCAAAAUUUAUCCAAAAAUAAAAACAAUGCCAGUGAAGUAAUUAGUAUUUCGUCAUCUAUGUUUUAUACAUCUUGUAAAACCCCUGAUACGUCCGACUACGACGAAUUGCAAAAUUUUGGUUCAGCAUCUAAACUUAUUCCAAUAUCUACGCACAAAAUUUCAACCGUAUCUUCAAGUACUCAGAGUACGCAUAAUACGGCUCAAUCUACGAUAUCAAAUCCUACAGCUGAUUCUAAUGCAACUUGGUCCAAUUAUGACAUCGUUGAAGAUAUUUCUUCUGUUAGAUUAGCGGAUGACAGUCAUCUUGGAUAUGCUGUUAUUCGAAAAAAGAUUCCAAUUGAAUCGACUUCCAUUAAUGCGAAUAUGGGACCAAAGCCUAAAGUUUACAAUGAUGGUGAAUAUGCAAUUGUAUCGAAACCAAAAAGGGUGUAAAACCUCCAAAAAUUUUCUUCCCUCUAAUAUAAAACAUGAAAUAAGCGAAUGAAUUAAUGUAAAGUUGUCACAAUUUAUAUUUUUUUUUUAAAUAUUUGAAAUAAGAUAAGACAUAUGCUAGUCUAUACAAUCAUUACAAAAGCAUUCCUUUUCUUUUUAGAAGGAAAACUAAGAUGGAUAUUGAACAUAAAUCUUUUUAUAUUAAUUCAUCAUUAAUAUGUCAAGUUAAAAAAAUCAUUUGUUUAGACAAACUAUUAAUGUUGAUAUUACAGAAUUCCUAUAAUGAUUAUUUAUACGCUAGUCUUUCUGACCAUUGUCUCUCAACAUAUAGAAAUUACUUUGAAAAUAGGAAUAGAUUAUUUUAAAUAUUUGUUUAAGAGUUGACGUAUAAUGAAUUUUUUCUAUUUGUAUAAAGCAUAACUGAUUCAGACAUGGUGCCUUUAAUAAUGCUAUAAAAGAAAUAAUUAUAUUUGAAAUAUAUAUUAUAGUACACUUCUUCGAAUUUUUUAUCAAUUUAUAUAUCAAAAUGUAAUAACUUCUUGAACGUGUGCCUUAGUGUACUUAGAUUUUUAAAAAGAUCUUUAUUACAUUUGUUACGAAUGAUAAUUUACAUCCAUUUUCAAAAAUGUUAUUUAUAUUUCAAACAAAAUGUAUUAACUUAUUUUUAUAUCCCUAAUGUUAUAGAGAAACCAAUAUAAUCCUCUUCAAAGAUCUAUAGUUUAUACGUAGUAUCUAUAUUAAUUAAAAAUACAUUAACAUAGAACAAUUUCAAUAUAAACGAUAGAUUUUAAUUGAAAUAAGUCUGCGAAGUGUGUCUACAUGAAUAUACGUCUCAUGUGCCAAGUAAAGAUCUGCCAUGCUUUGAAAUAUUUUAUCAAUUUUUAGAUAUAGUUCUUUAAACAAAUAAUAUUACAAAUAGUAGCAAAUAUAAUUUGCUAAUAUAUACACGAUCUUAAUAUAAUUAUAUAAAACACGAUGCUAAAGAAUUAAAGAUAUUCUUUGUAGACCAUUGUAAUUAAAAUAUUUUAAGAAAAAUAUAAAUGAAUGAUAUUGUAAUAUUAACACGUUCUCUAUAAGUGUUGCAUGUCUGUGUCACACCAAGUUCCAUUGAGAAUCCAGCAUCACACAUUUGUGACAAUAAUCAACAUAAAGAAUAAGUUUCGGGCUGUGGUUGGAAUCUCUUUUCCAUGAUGCGAUAGCAAACAUGUUAAUUAAAAUUUAAACAUUUUAAAUAUAUAUAUACGCAUUUAUAUAUAUUUACAAAAAAUUUAUAA